AUGGCGACGGAUGAUGCCUGUCAGGAUGACUACUUUAUCGGUUACGGUGACCUCAGUGUCCAUGAACUCAUGCUCAAAGAUCGACCAAGGACACAGGCGUACAGGAAGUUCAUUGAAGACAAUCUUCACCUGCUUAAGGACAAGAUUGUGAUGGAUGUCGGGGCAGGAACUGGAAUACUGUCGCUGUUUGCUGCCAGUGCUGGAGCCAAAAAAGUACUUGCUGUAGAAGCCAGCAGUGUGGCCAGAUUGUGCCAAGAAAUUGUCCAGGAAAACAACCUGAAUCACAUUAUCGAGGUCAUACAUGGAACUGUGGAGACCAUCUCCCUUCCCAGCGACAUCCGGCAGGUGGAUGUCAUCAUCUCAGAGUGGAUGGGCUUCUACUUGCUGCAUGAAUCCAUGCUUGAUUCGGUCAUAGUUGCCAGGGACAGGUUCCUGGCCCCAGGUGGUGUCAUGUUACCGUCACAUGCAUCUCUUCUGUUUGCUCCUGUUGACAUGAGUGACCACUUCCAAAACCGUGCUGAUGAAUGGAGCAACAUUUAUGGCUUUGAUUUUUCCCCGGUGGCUUCACAAAUCAACAUGGAGGAAGUAACUAAACCUUUAAUAACCAGUUUAAAUCCCAAUGUUUUAUGUGCCGACCCUCAAGAAAUUAUUAACCUCAACUUGAAAACAGUCACAGCCCAGGACAUACAGACGAUAAGCACAGUUCUCAAGUUCCCUAUGAGGCAGGACUCAAAAGUGUUUGGCUUUGCUGCAUGGUUUAAUGUGGAAUUUAAUCCAGAUUGUGACGCGGCCAGUAAGAGUCAUGUGACUCUGACACAUGAGUCAGCUGACAGCAGAGAUGUACAUGACGCAGGAGAUGGUUGCCUUUUGAAAGACCCUUAUGUUUCAUUGCACAGUGUUGAGAAGAGUUCUCAGGAAGCCCCAGCAACAAUAUCCAGUGUGCUGCUGAAGACUGGACCUCAUGAUCUGCCUACCCACUGGAAGCAGACUGUUGUCUUCCUCCCGAGAACAAUCCUGGUGCAAGGAGGUGUGGAUCUGUGCUGUCGGGUGAGGAUGUCACAGAGCAGCAGCAACAAGAGGCAUUAUAACAUCACUGUCACUCUUGUUGAUGAAAGUGAUGAUGAUGAUGGAGAGACUAGUGAUGCUUCCGAUGACUCUACAGACCACCCAGUCCCAUGUGCCUGUGGGUCAGACCGCUGCAGGUUGAUCUCUGCAUUGGUGGAUAAGUAUGCGGAUGAGCAUGAUGAACUUGUGGAUGAAGUUGUGGAAGGUUCAGGACAGGUGGGAACAACAUCAGAGAUGGAGGAGGAUCUAGAGACUGAUGGACAGCAAGAGGGCCCCAGCAGCUGA